UAGAAUAAAACUCGCGGUUACGAUCGCCGGAGAGAUCGGCUGGCUUUCUCUCUCUUCUCUCUCUCCCUCUCCUAUCGUCCUCGUUCUCCUCCUGCGGUGGUGGUCACAGAAGGCAGGAAGGUAGGCGUAGGGUUUGGAUUAGGAGUUCGACGGGCGGGGGGAUGGGGACUCUCCAGACCUGGCGGAAGGCCUACGGAGCCAUCAAGGACUCCACCAAGGUCGGCCUUGCCAAGGUCAACAGCGAAUUCAAGGAACUGGACAUUGCGAUCGUGAAGGCAACGAACCACGUCGAGUGCCCUCCGAAGGAACGACAUGUUAGAAAAAUAUUUGCUGCUACAUCCGCGGUUCGCCCGCGGGCUGAUAUAGCUUACUGCAUAUAUGCCCUUGCGAGAAGGCUAUCCAAGACACGCAACUGGACGGUUGCAUUGAAAACAUUGAUAGUUAUUCACAGGACAUUGAGAGAGGGUGAUCCUACAUUCAAAGAGGAGAUGUUGAGUUAUUCUCAUAGAGGAAAUAUUUUACAAAUCUCAAACUUCAAAGAUGAUUCAAGUCCUCUAGCUUGGGAUUGCUCUGCAUGGGUUCGAACUUAUGCACUCUUUCUAGAGGAACGGCUUGAGUGUUUUAGGGUUUUAAAAUAUGAUAUUGAAUCAGAGCGUCUGAUGAGGUCUGCGCAGGGGGCUCCCAAGGGGCAUAGUAGAACAAGAACUUUAGGUUGUGUGGACUUGCUAGAGCAGUUGCCUGCCUUGCAACAGCUACUAUUUCGCCUUAUUGGCUGCCAGCCUGAGGGAGCAGCAUGCGGAAACUACCUUAUUCAGUAUGCACUAGCUCUGGUUUUGAAAGAGAGCUUCAAAAUCUAUUGUGCGAUUAAUGAUGGGAUCAUCAAUCUCGUAGAUAUGUUCUUUGAGAUGUCAAAAUAUGAUGCCAUCAAAGCCCUAGAUAUCUAUAAAAGAGCAGGACAGCAGGCAGAAAAUCUUUCUGAUUUCUAUGAGUUUUGCAAGUGUUUGGAUCUUGCCAGGAAUUUUCAGUUUCCAACUCUGAGACAGCCACCUCCUUCAUUUCUAGCAACAAUGGAGGAAUACAUUAAAGAAGCACCUCGAGUUGGUUCUGGAUCAAGCAAGGCACUUGAAUAUCAAGAAACAAAUUUACUAACUUACAAUCAAGAAGAAGAAGCAUCUCCUCCUUCAGAGAGCAAAAAAGCUCCUGUGGAAGAGGAGAAAGAGCCUCCUGCGGAUGUCGAAGAACCACCAGAAACCAUCCCUGAGCCUGAAGCUCAACCUGCAACUACUGGAGAUUUAUUGGGUUUGGAUGAAAUAAAUCCUGUUGCAGCUGAGCUUGAGCAAAGCAAUGCAUUGGCUCUAGCCAUCAUUCAGCCUGGGGAUGAUUCAAAGCCCACAGCAACUCGUGACUUGCUUGGAGGUGGAACUGAUUCUUCAGGAUGGGAGUUAGCACUGGUCACUACUCCAAGCAGCAACACCAGCUAUGUGGUCGAAAGCAAACUGGCUGGCGGGUUUGACAAGCUCUUGCUUGAUAGCCUGUAUGAAGAUUCAUCCAGGAGACAACAAAUUGGCGCAGCUGCCAAUCCAUUUGACUCCAGGGACCCGUUUGCCAUGUCCAACAGCAUCGCACCUCCGCCCAAUGUCCAGAUGGCUUUGAUGGCGCAGCAGCAACAGCAGUAUUAUUAUCAGCAGCAGCAGCAGUACUAUCAGCAGCAACAGAUGACAAUGGUUCCGCACGCUUAUCAACCCCAAUAUCCUUAUCCCCAGAUGGGCUCUGCAAAUCCCUUUGGUGAUCCAUUUGGCGGCUUCCCUCAAGGUGCUCCACAACAAGGAAACUCAAAUUUGAUUUGAGAAGGUCAUUCCUUUUUUUUCCUCCUCAAAAGCAUUGUAUUUUUUUACUAUUUUCCAUAAUAUUAUUCAAAAGGGUCGCUGCAUGGUGCAUUGAGAGGACCUUCUUGUAUAGUCGAGUCUGUUGUUGAAGUUUCUCAUGGCCAAGUAUUCUUUCAUUCUUUGUAAUGGAUAUUUAUUGUCUACCGAUUCAGGACUCCAUUUUGUUGUAUUCA